CAGCUUUAGAGCUUGAAGUCAAAAACAAGCCCUCUGAGGCUGGCCCAUCACAGCCAGUUGUUCUUUUCUUUUCUUUUCCUCUCCCUCUUUUUUGGGAGUCUUUCUGUUUUUUCUGCCCUGCCUGCAGUGUGUGUUAGUGGGUGUGUCUGCGGGCCAGUGCAGCCUAGUCGUUGCUUGCGCACUCUGAAAAAGAGGAAAAAGUUGAUGAUGAGUUCAGUGUGAGAGCGGCCCGCCUCGGAGCAGGCUACCCGACCAGGAAUGGCAGUUUGGACCAGAGCGGACAAAAACGGUCAGUUGGACCUUCUGCUCCGGGACCGCUGGAUCAGAGUGGCCGCCGAACUCACCCGCGAAACGCUGACUUUAACGGCCGAAGCGGAGGUAGGCGGACAGGGGGGCAACCACUGGGACUACAACAACUCUUCCGCGGGCCUUCGAAAUGGCAUGUCGAACGGAAACGACUCGGGACAGAGUCCGGGGAACCAUGGUCGCAGUCCGUCCUCGGGUCAAGAGCAACACCAGAACCAGAACCAUGGGGGUAGGGGGCGUAGCGGCAGCCCGGGGCGCGGGGGUGUCAGUCGGGGUCAAUACGACGCUAACUACGGUGUAAACAGCCCCGGGAAAUACCCGAAUAACGGCACUAACUCUGACUUUGGAAGCCCCGGAUCCAGCUACGGCAGUCCUGGGUCCAGCUUCGGUUCCAGACAAGGAGACGUGCCCGUCAGCGUGGACGGCCCCUCGGAAGCUGUGCGAAAAGUUCGGGUUGUCAAACAGGAGUCUGGCGGGCUGGGGAUCAGUAUUAAGGGGGGGCGCGAGAACCGGAUGCCCAUCCUCAUCUCCAAGAUCUUCCCGGGGCUCGCCGCUGACCAGAGCCGGGCUCUCCGUGUGGGUGACGCGAUUCUCUCCGUUAAUGGGAACGACCUCCGGGAGGCUACACACGACCUGGCGGUCCAGGCGCUUAAGAAGGCGGGGAAAGAAGUAACGCUGGAGGUGAAAUACAUCCGCGAGGUUUCCCCGCUCUUCAAGAAGCCGUCCUUGGUGGCCGACCUCCCGUGGGACGGCGUCCGCGCACAGUCGCCUAGCUACAGCGGCAGUGAGGACUCCGGCUCGCCCAAACACAGCCCCCCAUCCUCCAAAGACAGGAAGGUCAUCAGUCUGAAGAUGUGCUUCAUCAGCAGGAACCUCACCAUGCCAGACCUGGAGAACAGACUGUUGGAGCUGCACUCCCCAGACGGGCAGCACACGGUGGUCCUGCGCUGUAAGGACGGGCCCUCCGCCAACUCCUGGUUCACUGCAGUCCACACCAACAUCGCCGCCCUGCUGCCACACACCCUUGCUCACAUCAACGCUUACCUGGGGGCCACGUCUGCGGCCUCCACACACCCCCACCUCAAACACAUCGGCUGGCUGGCUGAACAGGUUCAACUGGAAGGUGGCCGGCAGCAGUACAAGCCUGUUGUCAUGGCGCUGACAGAGAAGGACAUCCUGCUGUUUCAGUCGGUGCCGUGGAGCAGAGAAUCCUGGUCCACGCCUCUGCUCACACACCCACUGCUGGCCACAAGACUGGUUCACUCGGGCAGUGCUCGGGGGUCUCCUGCUCAGGGGUCAGACCUGGUAUUUGCCACCCGGACAGGCACAGGGCGGGGCAUCGAGUCUCACAUGUUCCGAGUGGAGACCCACUGGGAUCUGUCGUCAUGGACGCGAGCCCUCGUGCAGGGGGCGCACGCCGCCGCUGAGCUCAUCAAAGAAGUGUCCAUCGGCUGCACGUUGAACCGGCAGGAUGUGCGUCUCACGCUGCACUAUGAGAAGGGCUUCACCGUGACCAGGGAGCAGGUGGACUCAGCGGGGGGGGCCGUGCUGUUCAGGUACCCCUAUGAGAAGCUCCGGAUGUCCGCAGACGAUGGAAUACGCAACCUCUACCUGGACUUUGGGGGUCCAGAGGGAGAAAUGGUGUUUGACCUUCACUCGGGGCCAAAGCCGGUGGUGUUUGUCCUCCACUCCUUCCUGUCAGCCAAGCUCACCCGUAUGGGCCUGCUCACGUGAGACAGCAGCAGGGUGGCCCCGCGAGGAGACGCUUCGUAAACGCUGAUACUUUUUACUUUUGUUUUCUUGUUUCCGACUUUCAGAGCUGAAGUUUUGGACUGAGGGAGAUUAACCACAAGUGUUGAUUGUCUCAGAAUUGUGCCUUCUCUUUGGAAAUCUCCUCAGCCUCUGCAGAUAAAAGGAAGUGACACUUUGCUUGAAGUGAUGAGAGACAAAACGUGAUGAUGCAUUCACUUUCACUAUGAUUAUCUGAAAAGAAAUCCAGGCUACGAUGCUGUGCUUAUGAGAUUCCAUUACCAGUGCACUUCAAGCAAAGUGUUGAUUAUAUUAAGGAACUAAAUUAGUAGAAGACCAAGCACAAACUGGUAGAAGCUCCCCAUGUUCACUCUGCCUAUCAUUCCACGACAGCCUUCCAAUGCUCUCUGGGCUCUCUGUAAUAUGCUAGUCUGUGUGAGUGUGAGAUUUAGAGUCAGAAUGCAGUUAACUGAGCAGAGAUGGUGUGUGUGUGUGUGUGUGUGUGUGUGUGUGUGUGUGUGUGUGUGUGUGUGUGUGUGUGUGUGUGUGUGUGUGUGUGUGUGUGUGUGUGUGUGUGUGUGUGUGUGUGUGUGUGUGUGUGCGCCUGCUGUCUGACGGACUCACCCUCUAGCACAUUAUCCUACUGUUGUAAAGUGCCAACGGUGCCUUCCUCCACUCUCUGUAAAGUCUUUUUUAUUCCCAGUGAGAGAGUUGCCCGAGCAAUAGUAUUCCUCUUAUAGUGUAACCAUGUUACUUUUAUGUUGUUUUUAAAGUCUCAUGAUAAGCAUGACAUUGAACUCUGUAUCAGAUGAUGAUAUUGGAACAUGUGUUACCCCCCUCCCCUUUUUGACCUUUACUGCCACGUUGUCUCCUUGUCAUCUCAUUCCAUCUCUCUGGAGGUUCUGGUCUCUCGUUACCAUUCCUAAAGCAGCGUUUUUCUGACUAAAGAGACCCUGUACACGCUCUGUCCUUCACAUUCCUUUUAUUUAGCAGUCAGAAAGCCUGUAAAUGUUUUUUAAAAAUACACGUUUUACUUUGGUCCUGGCCUGGCCUUCUUCUAGAGCUUUCAUGGCCUCGUCUGUCAUCCAUCUACUUCCACUGUAGCAGUCAGCUUUAUUUUACAAGAGGAGCACAUUUAAUGCAGGACAGAAACACAGUGUGUUUCAGGUUUCAACAUUGUGUGUAAAGACAUACAACAUGACUAUAAUUUGUUUCAGCAACAAAACACACCCACAUUAACUCUGGUUCAAAUUUUAGUCUUGCAGCAUCACCAUAGAGCACCACAGGGAUGACGUAUUUUUGUAGGGCGACCCGGAAGUAAGCUGCAUGUGUUCCCUCGAGAAAAGAGCAAUGUGAUUUCUCCAUAGGAUUCUGGAAUAUUGUAAAAAAUAAGAUCUGUGGAAAACAAACCUGUUUGAUAAAUGCACGUUUAUUUCAGCCGGAUAAUCUCCACAUGUCUGCCCUACUUUUAUCAUUUCAAAUCAUAAAUCGAAUCGCCGGAAGCAAAAUGCUAACGUUAUGCUAUAAAGGAACUACAGAGGAGUACAGCGGGUCGCACGACUUCAAUGUCACGACAACUUAAGAUCCUUUCAACGGACUUUCAAGCGCUUGCAUAUUUUAACAAAGCUUUUCCUUUAAGCCACACUGAGUUUAACUACAAGUCAUGGCUGUUUCAAUCAGCAGUCUGAUAUUGUUUUACAAAGAUGAGCUAACAAACUUAGUGGGAGUGUCUACGUGUUCGGCGUAAUAGCGUACAGCUUCCUCGACAGCUUCUGUAGUCCUAUUCAGCCACUUGUUAACAACCAUCGUUUUUCAGACACUGAAACUCUUCAAAAAUCUCCAGUGGGGGGGGGGGGUCACUGCUGAUGUAUUUAAUGUUGUAGAACAAAACGUGAUCCGUCUCCAACCAGGGACCUUAUUUCCAGCUAUUUUCCAAAAUCCUACGGAGAAAUCCCACUGACUCCGAGACGAGGGAACCAGAAGUGGUAAAAUGCUAACUCACUAUCCUAAUAUCGGUAUUAGGAUAGACUCUUCUUUCCGAGGGGGGCCACAGAGGGGUCUGAGCCCAGUGUCAUAGGGGCACUGGCCCCUGCUUGAUCCCCCCCCUAGAACCGCCCAUGCAAAGAGCAGCCGAUCAUAGACCAGGAUCUACCUUAAAUCUUCUGUAGUCUUUUAUAAAAUGCAUUACAUUCAAUCCAGUUGUACAGAAUGUUAUUCUUUAUAAACAAAUGUAAUGUUUUAAUAAUGAUAAUACUUUACUAUAAUAAUAUUUCAUAUUAUAUUAAAAAAGGGUUAAAAUAGUAGGAAGUUGAAACAAUAAUAUAGAAUCUUUUCCAUCACAGGAAAUAAAUGCCCGGCAUAUUCUACAGUAACGCUGUUCAGAAGGACAUAUGUUAAUAAUGUAUUUUGAUGUUGCUUAUUCCAAAAGACCUCUGUUUCUGUUCUGCAGCCAUCAAAAAUCCAUUUUUAACCACUCAGAUCUCACAUGGAAGAGCAAUGUUCUGCCUUGUUUGCUAGUAGGAGUAAAACUGACACAUGUUUUAAUUUUAUCUUACACUAAAAUCCAAAAGGUCACUUUAAGCGGCUUGAUCUACUCAGGCCCUGGUGCUGUUCGUUCAGGCCUUGCUGUUUUUAGUAUGCAUUCCUGCCUUUAUUUGUCAGAGUUGGUGUGAGAGAAAGUGAUAUUAGGCAAACCCAGAGUUGUUGCUGUUAUAUGUGUUGCAAAAACUCAGCUACUAAGGCGCUCCAGGCCUGUAGUGUGAGCGAAGUCAUGUGACGACCACUAAGCAAACUCAAUCGAUUGAUGAAGAGCGUCAGAUGCAGUUGAAAGCUCUGGAAAAAGGCACUAAGUGGACCUAGGGUUAAUGAUAUCUGCCCUAGCAUUGUUGAAUUCACUCUCUAAUUGAAGGUUGGUCGACAUUAGCUGACUCAGGUCUUCUGUUCGGUCCAGUGCCUGUUCCGAGUCUCUUCAAUGAGCUCAACGUGACUGUAAUUUAGACAUUUCCAUAACCUUCAGCUGGUUCAUGGUGCAUGUUUCUGAAGUGAGGUUUCCCUUCAGUAGAGCCUCUGUUCUUUGGGGCCUCUAACAAUGUCCCAUUGUUUCCCCUCACCGUGCAACACAGAACAAGAUAUCCCGUCUGUCCUCGGAUAAGGAACACAAUCACAGUCUGUACGACCUUCGUUCUGUUUUGGACUGUGACGGUUAAAACACUUUUCAUUUUCAUUUCUUGCUGUUUUCAUUCUAUAGUAAAAAGGCUGUGAUAAAGACUGGCAGGCUUUACUUCCCCUCUGACCUCAUGUGUUCCAGUUAGAUUUGGCCUGACAUAAAGUCUUGUUCCUGUGUUGCUCUCCAUCCUUUCCCACCACACUUUUUACUCCAUGUUAGUCCUUUUCCUCUCACCCUCCGCACAGAUCUGAUUGUCUUAAGUUGGUCACCUUCAACAAGCGACAGGCCGUCCCUCCUUAAACUCGGUGCAUUAACCUGUCUUUAAAUCUGUGAAUGUACAUCUCUCUUCUGCUUCCACAUGAUGAUUUCCCCCUCCUUGUGUUCUGUGAUUGUGGCUCUCCUGUCUAUGCAAAGCAACGCUUCAAAGAAGGGGUUUUGAACCAAAGGUAGUUUUUGUGGCAGCUUGCGUCCAACACAAUCAUUGAACUGAGAAGCCUCCACAGAAUAAAGUACUGCUGCAUCGACACGUCAUAUGCAAAGUAUUUUAGACUUCCUUCCGAGAUACUUAUAGCCUACAAUGUAUGAUAGCAAUGUAAUAAUCUCAAAUGUAAAGAAAACUACCAAUAAAACUGUUACACAUUACAGAAAGGA